GCCGGCGGGAAGAGCGGAUCUGAGAGGUGGGGUGAUGGGCGCCCGCGCCACGCCCCCGCCGCGGCGGCGAGUACAAUCAGCCGCUGCGGCGAGUACAUUCCGCCCCGCGAGGUGGAGCUCACGCCUGCGCAGUGAAGGACGGCGGCGCGGCCGCGGCGGUGCAUUGUGGGAGCCCCGCGCGGCGGCUUGGUGCUGGUUGCUGUGGGGCGUGCCACGCGUUUAAACCUGGGCCCGGACGAGAGCGACCCCAGGGCCUGUACGCCGGUCCUGCCCGCAGUUAGCCCAAGACUCGGGGCCGAGAGGAAGCGCUAGAGCCCAGAGUUCUCCCUGGAGUUCGCUCCGCGCCGCCUGGAGGACGGAUCUGCCCGGCCCGGCGACCGCCGCUCCCGCCGCUCCCGCCCACCGCCCUGGAACCGCUGAAGGACGUCCACCUGGGCCUGGCCCCGCCCGGCCGCGGCGGCGGCCGCGCUCGCCUGGCCCUCCUCUCGGGCCAUUACAUUUACUAUCAUUAUGGCUGCGACGGCGUGGACGACCGGGGCUGGGGCUGCGGCUACCGCACUCUGCAAACGCUGUGCUCGUGGCCAGAGGGCCGGCCGGCGGGCGUACCCGAACUGGCUGCAGUGCAGGCGGCCCUGGAGGACAUGGGCGACAAGCCCCCCGGGUUCCGGGGCUCUCGGAGCUGGAUCGGCUGUGUAGAGGCCAGCCUCUGCCUUGACCACUUCGGGGGUCCCCAAGGGCGCCUAUGUCACGUGCCCCGUGGAGCAGGGCUUCAGGGGGAACUGGAGAGGCUUUAUUCCCACUUCGCAGGGGGCGGGGGACCUGUAAUGGUUGGAGGGGAUGCGGAUGCCCGGUCAAAGGCCUUGCUGGGAGUGUGCCUGGGGCCAGGCACAGAAGCCUACGUCCUGGUAUUGGACCCUCACUGCUGGGGUGCCCCGAAAAACCCCAGUGAACUACAGGCUGCUGGGUGGGUGGGCUGGCGAGAGGUGAGCACAGCCUUUGACCCCAACUCCUUCUACAACCUGUGCUUGACCAGCUGUAACUCGGAAAAGCAGCUGCCCACCCUGGACUGAGGCUAAGGACCCAGAACUGAGCCUUCCCUAGCACCAUACCCGUUGAUCUAACCCAUCUCAGAGGCAGAGGCUGCCUGAUGUCAGACCCCCAGGAAGUCCCAGCAGAGCCUGGGAUCUUUGGUGUCAAUAAAGUGGCAAGGCCCAGC